AUGUUGGUAUUGAGUAUGGCAACGCUUACUGACGACGCUGACUACGCCGCUGUCGAGCCGUCUGGGGAUCUACCAAGUCCACGAUCAGAAGCUAGAAAGAGAAAUUGGUAUUUUGUCUAUUCUCCGCAAAUGGUCACUUUCAAGACCGAAUUUUGCCUGGCUCUCGAUCCACCAUCCCGGAUUGCUUAUGCAGAUGAGUUUCGAGUGGUUCUGCUGGAGCUUGCGCAUUUUCUUUGCCCCACUGCCAGCACAUGUGGUCUCGUUUUCUUCGGCUCAACCUGA